AUGUUAGCUUUAUUAGGGAUGCGAUCGCGUGUGAUCAGUUUAGAGAGCAAAUGUCUGCUAAGGUUUCUGAAAUUGUCGGCUGGGCCAAACAGAUUGUCUAAUUAUCCAUACGGAAAAACCGUGACUGUUUCUAAUCCGUCCAGUCUUCAGUUUACCGCUUCGGUACACACAUCCAUCUCGAAUCCUUUUCCAAAUGUGAGUGAGCUGUACGAAGCAAGGAGGUUUAUUCAUGUUGCUGAAACAAGGCAUGAUACUUUUGCUUCUGAAAAUGAUGAAAAACUGAAAAAAGCGAAGGAAGCAGUCCAAAAGGAGCAUAAGGAAGCGAAACCUACAGGAUUAUUUGCAAAAUUGAAAUAUUAUUUGAAACGCUACUGGUAUAUCGCUAUCCCAAUACACAUUGCAAACUAUGUCGUUUGGUUUAUUGUCUUUUAUGUCGCUGUCAAAAGCGGUCUUGAUGUUGUUGCAUUACUUGAGAAAUGUCGUAUACCUAAUUAUGUUGUUGAUAGAGUAAAAUCAGUUCCUCCGAACGCAGGAGUUGCUGUUGUAGCCUUUCUACUCUGCAAGAUCGCUGCUCCCUUUCGUUAUGCUACUACUCUGUUGUUAAUACAGCUGAGUUUCCCAAUUCUUAGACGAUUCGGUUUAAUGACGGCAAAGGAGGUGAAAUAUAAGAUGCGAUUGAAAUAUACGAACAAAGUAUGGAAAAUAAAACGUCGUUACCAACUAAAGUUUAACCGAAUGGGAUCUCCGGUAAAUAAAAAACGGCAGAGUGCCAGUGGAUUUAAAAAGUCCUAG